AUGGCUAAAGUUGUGACAAUGUGUCCUAAUCAAGGCUGUGGGUCAAAUGUGUGGGAUAGUCAACCAAGUAUGGUUGGUACCAAAAUCCCUGCUGGGAACUUCCUUUUAUCAUUCGCAAUCCUUGUUGCUGGUGGGUCACCUUCAAAAACUUUGCGGAUAUUUGAGCAUAUGGGGUUGUCUUGCAUUGCAUUGUCUACUUAUUUCCGUCAUCAAAGUGUAAGCUAUAUAUUUUUUAUUCAAUGAUUAUUUGACUGUUUAUUUCCUUCUUGGUCAAGACACCCCCCCCCUCCCCCAUUGAGAAGAUUAACCCUUUACGUGGCAAUGCACCCUGAUGCACCCUGAUGCACCCUACUUUAUUUUUUUACUCUGUCUAAUGCCAGAUUGAUUUUGCUCGUCAAGAGAAGAGUGUUACCACUCAAUGGGUUAAAUAUUGGUUAAAUAUUAAUAAGAAUUAUGCAACUAAUUAUGUCUGACGCCAGAUAAUUUUACUCAUUGGAGUUGGUUGGUUCCAAAUUCUAGCAGAUCUAUCAAAUAAAUUGAAGUGUAAAAUCUUUCAACUUUUUUUUGUAUAUUUUUAGGAAAUACUUUUUCCUGUUAUCUGUAUGCACUGGAAAAAGUACCAAAAGCAGAUAGUGACAGACAUAAAGAAGGAAAAUGAAAAAGGCAUAAUUGGAGCGGGGGAUGGUCGGCACGAUAGUAUGGGCCAUAGUGCCAAAUAUUGUGCAUAUACCAUUCUUUGCUGUACAACAUCUAAGGUUAUACACUUUAGCCUUGUCCAGGUAUGGCUGGAAGUACAUGUUGGUGAAUUGCCUUGUCAGAAUAAUUGUGUCAUGCAGUUGUCUACUGUAGCUUUAAGUAUAGGUAAUCAUGCAAUGGCAAGUACAAUUGGGGAUUAAUAUUAAUAUUAAUAUUAAUAGUGAUGUUUGGAAAUUUUGUACAAGCAACAUCACAUGAUUACUUGUUUAUUAUUAGUAUGACAAAAUUGGAUACAUACUUCUCAAUGUGAACAUCAUACAGUAUUCUCUCGCCAAAGCCCAGUCCUGCCAGACUUUCAACAGUCCUGCCAGACUUUCAACCAAAAUUUGGUGCUUUUGUUCGUAUUUUCAUUUAGUUCUUUUGCUAAAGCAAAAUUUGCUGCUUUUGUUCGUAUUUUCAUCUAGUUCGGUCAGGGGCAAUUUCAGUUCACGUUUGUGUUUAAAAUACCUUUCUGCCAUUUUGUUUGUUUUGGGAAAAUCAUUUGCUAAAGCAAAAUUUGCUGCUUUUGUUCGUAUUUUCAUCUAGUUCCUCAGGGGCAAUUUCAGUUCACGUUUGUGUUUAAAAUACCUUUCUGCCAUUUUGUUUGUUUUGGGAAAAUCAGUACAAUUAAUUAAAUAAUUGUACUCCUCUCAACCAAUCAGCAUCCAGUAAUUUUGUCAUGCUAAUAAUAAACACAGAUAUAGUAUUUUGCCCUAACAAGUCCACCUGAAACCUGCAAGGUAGCAUAUGCAUUAAGUAGGGCUGUUUUCAGGCUAUCAGUUGUUAAAUGCCAGCCAGAAAGCUGGAAAUUGUUCAUGAACCUUAUAGUUUUCGAUAAAGCUUUUUGGCAGUUUUUCUGCCAGAAGAAAAAAAAUGAUACAGUCAGAUUGCAGAGAAAAGGUAUUUUUCCUUUAAUUGAAGAGAAAUGAAACAGGAAGAAGCCAGGCCAUGGAGUAUCAAGAUUUCAAAGGUGUAUGGAAUUUGUCUUUACAGAGGAGUUGAAUAUGACAAUAUUCAUUUCUGAUAGACAUACAUCGAUAAAGAAACACAUGAGAGAGCAACUUCUUAAAGUCGUUCACUACUUUGAUCUUUGGCAUCUUACAAAAAGUAAGAUGAAAUUAACAGAUGGCAUGUUUUCAUUUUCAUAUAUACCAUAGAAGUUCUAGGAGUGGUUAUUAUUAUGGGACACUGUGUAUAAAAGUCCAAAAGGUCUUGCAGAAAAUUGCAAAGAAGAAAGGGAAUGAUUGUCUCUUAGAAUGGAUUAAGCCUUGUGCAAAUCAUUUGUAUAGGAGUGCGACCACCACACUAAAUGGUGAUGGACAGGUUAUUUGGGCUAAGUUAGUCUAUAAUUUUUUAGCCAUAUCAUUGACAAACAUGAAGACCUUACCAACAACGGUUCAACAGGUGUGCUCAUAAAGAAAACAUCACAGACAGGAAAUGGUUACUUGAAGGUAUAUAUGUAAUGUACAGAAUAGUUGGAAACUGGGAGUAACAAUGAAUACAUGUUUUUGAAAUGAGAUUGUCAGCAAGGUUGUUAAAUAUCAACUUAGCAAUUUCCACCUAACACAUAGACACUUACAUUUCACAAACACGUAAUUUAUGCAGUAUGUCUCAAAUUCCUUUCCCUGGGCCAUUUAACCCAUUAAGUACCCCCUUGACGAGUAAAAUCGUCUGGCGUUAGACAGAGUAAAAUACUAAAGUAGGGUACAUCAGGGUGCAAUGUGACUCAUUGGGAUAACUAGACACAUGGGCAGAUAGGCCAGUUAACCCAUUAAGCGCCAGCGCUUUCCCCUCCAUUAAGCGCCAGCGCUUUCCCCUUGACGAGUAAAAUCGUCUGGCAUUAGCGCUUUCCCCUUGACGAGUAAAAUCGUCUGGCAUUAGACAGAGUAAAAUCGUCUGGCGUUAGACAGAGUAAAUUACUAAAGUAGGGUGCAUCAGGGUGCAAUGCGACUCAAUGGGUUAAUGAGCUAUUUAAAGAUGUUUGCUGUUUUACUUCGUCUGGCGUUAGACAGAGUAAAUACUAAAGUAGGGUGCAUCAGGGUGCAAUGCGACUCAAUGGGUUAAUGAGCUAUUUAAAGAUGUUUGCUGUUUUACUACUGUUGUAGUAAAGAUACUGAUACAGUAUUUUGUUAUGAAUUAAUGUACUAUAAGAAAAGGUCAUUGUUCAAAUGGCUCAUAAUCAUUCUGAAUUGACCUUACCCAUUAUGACAUUUUAUUGCACUAUUUUACUAAGCAUGCAUUUCCAACAUUCAAGCAUAAUUGCAAGGUACAUUAUACCUGCAAAGCAUCCUGGUCUUAAUAGUUAAAUAGUGCAAUGAAACGUCAUAGUGGGUAACAUACUGUACACUGUUUUUUGUGUGAUGUUACUCUGAGUGUAUAUCCACACCGGGCAGGCUUGAAAAAUAUGCCUGGCCACGGCGGGAUUCGAACCUACGACCUUUGGAAUACUAGCCCAAUGCUCUUCCAACUGAGCUACGCGGUCAGGACGGUUCGAGUUGUAGGUUCGAAUCCCGCCGUGGCCAGGCAUAUUUUUCAAGCCUGCCCGGUGUGGAUAUACACUCAGAGUAACAUCACACAAACAUCUUAUUCACCUGAGUACAUUACACCAAUAACACAGCAGAUUUCAUAAAUAUUAGAUUACACUGAUAUCGAAGGAACUAGACUCAGUUCCGAAAUACCGCUUACUCGAACCGUCCUGACCGCGUAGCUCAGUUGGAAGAGCAUUGGGCUAGUAUUCCAAAGGUCGUAGGUUCGAAUCCCACCGUGGCCGGGCAUAUUUUCAAGCUCCCCCGGUGUGGAUAUGCACUCAGAGUAACAUCACACAAACAUCUUAUUCACCUGAGUACAUUACACCAAUAACACAGCAGAUUUCAUAAAUAUUAGAUUACACUGAUAUCGAAGGAACUAGACUCGGUUCCGAAAUAUAGCUUACUCGAACCGUCCUGACCCGUAGCUCAGUUGGAAGAGCAUUGGGCUAGUAAUCCAAAGGUCGUAGGUUCGAAUCCCGCCGUGGCCAGGCAUAUUUUUCAAGCCUGCCCGGUGUGGAUAUACACUCAGAGUAACAUCACACAAACAUCUUAUUCACCUGAGUACAUUACACCAAUAACACAGCAUACUGUACACUGGUUAUAUUAACACAAGUAUUAUUCUAGAUUCUGCUGUUUAUGAUGAAGUAUGUAAAGCCUUGACAAAAAAGAGCAUCAAGAGUGGAAUAAUGCAGGCAUCUCCACACUCACCAACAAGUAUUUUGGAAGGGUUUCACUCUGUCCUAAAUCAUUUUGCCCCCAAAAUGGUUGUGUUUAAAUUUCCUGGGAUGAAUUGCAGGUUAGUUGUUUAUGUUAUAAUUUCCUUGAUUUUUAAAUUGUGAGCAUACUGUGCACUGUACAGAAUGUUGACUGUAAUUUUAUCACUGCAUCUCCCCGGUGUUCAGUAUGGUAGCCAUACCCACCUCAUCCCAGUCUGCAGUUACAGUUUUUCGUAGGAUUUUUAUAUCUACUGUAGAAAUAGUUUAUGAAACCUAAAGUUUAUUUCAUUUUUGUAGACAUGCUCUGUCAGCAAUACAUUUCAACCACAAUUUACACAGAGAUUUUAAGAAAAAACCCAAUGGAUCAGAACAGCUUAAAAUUGUCUACCCCAAAUUUAAGAAUGGGGAAGCCACAGUCAGGAAUGUCACCGUAAAACCAAACUUUGGAGAGUCAAACUUGUUUUUUCAUUUAUAACAUACAUUAUACUAACCUAUUAGCUGGCAAUGCACCCAGAUUCACCCUACUUUAUUACUUUGCUCAGUCUAAUGCCAGAUGAUUUUACUCAUCAGCAGUAGUGUACUGCCAGUUAGUCCAUUGAGUGGCACGACAAGUAAAAUCAUCUGGUGUUAGACAGAGUAAAAAAAUAAAGUAGGGUGCAUCAGGGUGCAUUGCCACUUGAAGGGUUAAUGGGUUAAUUUACAAUUAUUUUUUCUAACUUUGGACAUGUUGUGUUUCAAGAUUAUGUAGAUGAUAUUUUCGAGACAUUUGUACAGUCUACUGAAGAUGACCAUGAAUGUGCCUCCAAAGCUCUGGCAGAAAUAACUCCAUCGCCUAUGGACACCAUGCUGGAGAAACAGCCCAAAGAUGAAGCCAUAGCAAAAAGGGAUCAGUGA